AUGGUUUUGAGAACUGCGAAGGUGGAACAACAGAUACGGCUAGGUACAACAGCUCCCGCAAAGAAGGAUGGAGAGAUGAAGAGUCAUUCUGUUCUCAACGAAGCGGUGACCAGAGAGGGCACCAUCAACAUUCCCAGGUGCCUUCGUGGAGUGGGCUUCAAGAAGCGUGCCCCUUGGGCACUCAAGGAGAGCCAGAAAUUUGCCAUGAAGGGGAUGGGAACGCCAGAUGUGCACAGUGACACUAGGCUCAACAAAGCUCUCUGGGCCAAAGGAAUAAGGAACAUCCCAUACUCUACCCAUGUAUGGUUGUCCAGAAAACAUAAUGAGCAUGCAGAUUCACCAAACAAGCUCUCUACAUUGGUUACUUAUGUACCUGUCACCACAGUCAAACACCUACAGUCAAUGAGGAUGAAAACAGUUAAUUCUCAAAACUGGGAUGGUAGAAAGACCGAGUACUGCCCACUAGUGCAAGGACUGCUGAGCUUGCUCGCCUGCUACGGGCCUGGGGUGGGCUGCCAAGUCCUGCUGGUGCCCUGUGCACCUCCUGGCCCUCAAUUAGUGCCCCUGCUGGCAGAGAGGAUGAGGCUUGCAGUGGAUCGCGGUACAUCAUUUGUCCACAGCUGCGUUCGUCUUCAUGUUAUUCAAUGUCCUACAGCUUUCCAAACAAAUGCCAGCAGCUAA